UCUGUCAAUCUCUGCAGAUCAGCCUCAGCGAGUGCUGCAGGCAGUGUGAUACCCGAGAAUACCUGCAGGCUGGGUGAUACCUGAGGAACAGCAGCAGAGAGAAGAUGGCCCAGGUCCUGCAUGUGUCUGCACCGUUCCCAGGGACUCCUGGCCAGGCCUCCCCAGCAACCUUCCCCAACAAAGAGCCAGAGCCACCAUACUCUGUGGAGACGCCCUACGGCUACCGCCUGGACCUGGACUUUCUUAAGUACGUAGAUGACAUUGAGAAGGGCCACACACUGCGUAGGGUGGCGGUGCAGCGGCGCCCACGCCUGGGCUCCCUGCCGCGGGGCCCGGGCUCCUGGUGGACGUCCACAGAGUCGCUGUGCUCUGAUGCCAGUGGGGACAGCCGGCACUCGGCCUACUCCUACUGUGGCCGUGGCUUCUACCCACAGUACGGGCCCCUGGAGACCCGCAGUGGCUCCAACCCACGUGUGGAACGCACUCUGCUGGACGCGCGGCGCCGGCUGGAGGACCAGGCAGCCGCCCCAUCGGGUGGCCUGGGCUCCCUGACGCCCAGCGCUGCAGGCUCCACCAGCUCCCUGGCAGGUGUGGGUCUGCUACCACCCACACCUCGCAGUUCGGGCCUGUCCACCCCGGUGCCACCCAGCGCAGGUCACCUGGCCCACGUGCGCGAGCAGAUGGCUGCGGCCCUGCGCAAGCUGCGCCAGCUGGAAGAGCAGGUCAAGCUGAUCCCUGUGCUCCAGGUCAAGCUGUCGGUGCUCCAGGAGGAGAAGAGACAGCUCACUGUGCAACUCAAGAGCCAGAAGUUUCUAGGCCACUCCUCAGGAACACGAGGCCGGGGUGAACUCUGUCUGGACCUUCCAGAACCCCUUGAGGACUCUGCUGUGCUAGAGACCCGCUCUGUGGGCACCUGGGUCCGAGAACGGGACUUGGGCAUUCCAGAUGGUGAAGCUGCCCUAGUGGCUAAAGUGGCCGUGUUGGAGACCCAGCUCAAAAAAGCACUGCAGGAGCUGCGGGCGGCUCAGACCCAGCAGGCCGAACUCCAGCCACCACCAGACACCCAGGUCCGUGUGGACACCGUGCGAGUGGUGGAAGGCCCUCGGGAAGUGGAGGUGGCAGCCAGCACGGCAGCAGGGGCCCCUGCACAGCGAGCCCAGAGUUUGGAACCCUAUGGAGCAGGGAUGAAGGCCCUGUCAACAUCUAGGGGGACAGAAGACACCCUCGUGUUCCGCACCCAUGAGGUGGUGGAGACCAUGUGUCCCCUGCCUACAGCCACUACCAGCAACAUGCACACAGCCAAGAAGAUCAGUAUUACAGAACGGAGCGGCAUUGGUGUGGCCAGGACUUCAGAGCCAUCCUCCUCUGCUGCACACCCUGCUGCAGCUUCCAUGCAACAGUCUGAGAACCCUGGCCAGGUGGCUGCCCCAGACACCACUGACAGGGAACCUCCCAGGCCAUCAGCAUCCCAGGAGCCACAAGUGGCUGAGGCAGCAGGCAGAGCCAUUGUGGGAGUGCAGUCUACCAUGAAGAGGAAAGAGGACCCUGCAGACCCUGGAGUUCACCACAGGAACCUCCAUUUUGUGGGGGUCAAUGGCGGGUACGAGUCCUCCUCAGAAGACUCCAGCACAGCAGAGAACUCUGAACACGAGAGUACAGAGAAUGAAGCCCCAGAGCCACCAGCAAGGGUUCUGAGCAUGGCUGAAUGCCCUCAGCUCAGGCCUCCAGGGACUGCAGCAGCCAAGACCAGUCUAGAACAGAGCCAACUCCAGGAAGCUCAGCACAUACCCACAACUGAGUCGACGUCAGGACCCAACUCUGAGGAGGAAAUUGGGAUGGAUCUGAGCCCUGACCUCAUCUCAGCCUGCUUGGCCCUGGAGAAAUACCUGGAGAACCCCAAUGCCCUCACUGAGCGAGAACUGAAAGUGGCCUAUACCACGGUGCUUCAGGAAUGGCUGCGUCUGGCCUGCCGAAGUGACGCACACCCUGAGCUUGUACGGCGACAUCUGGUUACCUUCAGGGCUAUGUCUGCCCGGCUGCUGGACUAUGUGGUCAACAUCGCUGACAGCAACGGCAAUACUGCACUGCACUACUCCGUGUCUCACGCCAACUUCCCUGUGGUGCGGCAGUUGCUGGACAGUGGUGUUUGUCAGGUGGACAAGCUGAACCGUGCUGGCUACAGCCCCAUCAUGCUCACAGCUCUGGCCACCCUGAAGACCCAGGAUGACAUUGAAACCAUCCUUCAGCUCUUCCGGCUUGGGAAUGUGAACGCCAAAGCCAGCCAGGCAGGACAGACGGCCUUAAUGCUGGCGGUCAGCCAUGGACGGGUGGAUGUGGUGAAAGCUCUUUUGGCCUGUGAGGUGGAUGUCAACAUGCAGGACGAGGACGGCUCCACGGCCCUAAUGUGUGCCUGUGAGCAUGGGCACAAGGAGAUCACCGGGCUCCUGCUGGCUGUGCCUAACUGUGACAUCUCACUCACUGACCGAGAUGGGAGCACCGCACUAAUGGUGGCCCUGGAUGCAGGGCAGAGCGAGAUUGCAUCUAUGCUGUACUCACGAAUGAACAUCAAGUGCUCGAUCGCUCCAAUGUCUGACUGUGAGAGUCUAGCCUCGUCCUCAGCCGAAGAGUGAGCACGAGGGGCCAGUGACUCCCUGAGGACCCACCAGCCGCACAGCCACACCGCAAACCGUCCCUCCCUCAUGCCGAUGUCCCUUUCUGCUCUGCCAGACUCCAGCUCUACAAGGCCUUUCCCAGCACCCUGGGUUCAAAGCCAUAUUUAAAGCCAAAAAGCCAAGCUACAUUCUCCUCCCAGUUGGCACCAAUUGCUGACACCCGGGUGUGGGUUUCUUAUGAAGAAAGUGUAGGACAACCAGCCGGCAGUUGUGGGAGGAGUGGGGGCAAAAGGGAAAAUACUGUAUUUUUGAGUCAUUGUUAGGAGAAGGGAGGGGUCAGAAUUUGAGUUGCUAAAUUUGAAUGUCACUGGAAUGUUAUAGUUUCCAUUGUCCUGACUUCACUACAGCAGGUUUCCACAAGGCCUGCUUAUUAAUGCCCUCUGUCGCCUCAUUUUAUUGUCUAGAGUAUAAUAGGGUUUUGUUCACUGCCCCCCACCCCCAGACAGCUUGUGGGGUCCAGGGGUGUCUCUUGUGAUUGCAUCGUUGAACAAGUGUCUGCCAUUCUUGAGCCAUUUCCCAGGGUUGAAAGCAGGGUUUUCAUUUGUCUUUUUCUUUUCUCUGUGUCACCAACCCCUACACACACACACACACACACACACACACACACACACACACACGAGUUGGGGCACCUCAUCACCCUGCAAUUCAGGUCUUAGAGACUUGGAAAUGACCAACUCACAAGGAGGAGAAAUGAUACAGACCUCCCCAUUCCCCACAGGGACUGCUCAGGAGAAUGUUCCUAGAAAAACUCUCAGACCUACAGACCAAAGAGAAAAGGCCAUUUCAGAAUGUCUCCCAGCAUUGCAGCCAGAACUGCUCUCCUCAAAGGAGAGUAAACAGAGGAUGUGAUACUGACCAAGUACAGAGUUCCAAAGCCCAUGUGUUCCUGAUUAGGCACUGGCUGGCCUCAGAGCACACCCAGAACUGGUUUAAAGUGACAGGCUUUGCUGAAACCCUAAGGGCCAGAUGAGUAGUUCUAUGUUUUAAAGCCCUCGAGCGCCUGCUGGUGACAGGACACAGACUGCACUUUUCUCUUAGUGGGUUUUUUUUUUUUUUUUUCUGUGCCCAGAAUCUCAGCAUAUGUUUUGUUUUCCCUUGUUCGUUUCCUUUGUAAAGAAUCCUAAAUGUGACUUGUGUUGGGGAGCAUGCCUCCUCUCAAGUCUCCCAGUCUUAUCCAGGUCACAUCUGGACCCAUUGGGCUUUGAAGUCAAACCUCAGCAUAGCUGAGCUGAGGCUCAUGAACUAAAGGAAAGUGCUGCUUCUCUUCUAGACAAGUAGGUCUCUUGGUUUGAUGGAAUUUUACUCUGCUUGAGUUUUGUUAGAGGGGUUCGUCUGAGGCAUAGAGGCUUGGUGGGCAUGAGAAAAAGUAUGAUGGACAGACGGGCUGACAAAUCCUUGAGUAGGCGAAUGGAUAGGUGAGUAGGCACAUGGAUAGGUGAGUAGGCACAUUGAUGGGUGGGUAGGGAGUGGGUGCGUGGAUAGGUGUAUGAGCAGUGUGGGCUGCUGGAUGGGGUUGUGUUGGAGUCUUUGCACGUGUACAAACAGGUCUAUGGGAGAGCUGCUGGUGUCCGAGUGAUCCUCACAGCCGAGCAUCUAAGCUGAGCCCUUAGCUCCAGCCUCGCAGCCAGCAGGGUUUACUUUACAGUUCUGGAAGCAUCAUAGAAGCCCCUGUCUGUCUGUGCCACUGCUCCUCUCUGCUUGGGGGCCACCAGGGUCAUGAGACCCUUGCGCCUGUGCUCUUUUCACACAUGCUCUGCAACCGGUACGUCCAUGGAGACAGUGUUACACAUAAAUGAAGUAUUCUUUUCUUGUACUCAUGUUUUAGAAGUAAAAACUUAAUAAAGCUACAAACAAUGCUGA